AUGAUAGUUUGGUGUCACCCACAGAAGCAGAUGGACAAGGAGAACUGUCAGCUCAGCCUGGGUCUGGAGCAGCUGGUUGUACUAAGUGCCGAGCUAAAGGAGCUAAAGGAAACAGUCACAACUUUGAAACAGGGAAGUAUACUCUCCCAGUCAAGCAAAAGAAUCCCACCUUCUCUAUCAGUUGCGGUCAAGGCAGUACACGACAAAGCUCCUGAUGAGAUGCAGUUCGAUGGCUCAAAACAGAGUGUCCAUCGCUACUAUGAAAGCAGGCGCCGUCUUUUUAAUGAUAUUCAACCUGGAAGGCUUCAUAUUGCAAGAGAGACUAUAAAGAAGUCGAGGAACAAGGCACACAGAAAGCUGCUUUAUGAAAGGAGGAAGCGGGUAUUGAAAAAGGAGAAAAAGCGAGAACGAUGGACGGCAAUUGAUUUCAAAUACAUGACAGAGGAAAGUGAUGGAGAGGAGCAAGUCAGGCAGCAUAAACUUCCCUGGAGGUCGGAAGUGCUGAAUCGUCUUGUGAAAAAGUUAGAUGCAAGGAUAGAGAAGAACGAGAAGGCUGGGGGUUUUAAAUCAAAAGAUAAACUUCAAUCAUGUUUGUCUCUGCUGGAGCCACCGCCAGAUGCUCCUGUCCAGCAGUCUUAGACUUGCCAUUACCUGCAUGUGUUUGAACAGA